AUGGCGCCCAGACAGAAGCGUGAAAAGGCGCCUUGCUACGUGCUCGGCGUGGGUAUGACCAAGUUCAUCAAGCCACGCGGCAAGGUCGACUAUACGGAGUUGGGCUUCGAAGCCGGUGUCAAGGCUAUGCUGGACGCCCAAAUCAACUACGAUGAUGUCGACCAGGGCAUCGCCUGCUACUGCUACGGAGACAGCACAUGCGGCCAGCGCGUCUUUUACCAGUUCGGCAUGACUUCCAUUCCCAUCUACAACGUUAACAACAACUGCUCCACGGGGUCUACUGGUCUUGCCAUGGGCCGCAACUUCAUCUCGUCUGGCGCCGCCGACUGCGUGCUCGUUGUUGGCUUCGAGAAGAUGAUGCCCGGGUCGCUGCAGAGCUUCUUCAACGACCGCGAGAACCCCACCGGCACUUCGAUCAAGAUGAUGGCUGAGACAAGGGGGAUCACGAAUGCUCCCGGUGCGGCGCAGAUGUUUGGAAACGCCGGGCGGGAGUACAUUGAGAAAUACGGUGCCAAGGCCGAGGACUUUGCGGAGAUUGGUCGCAUCAACCACGAGCACUCUACCCGCAACCCUUACUCGCAGUUCCAGGAUGUCUACACCCACGAGCAGAUCAUGAAGGCCCCCGAGAUCUUCGCCCCGCUCACCAAGCUGCAGUGCUGCCCGACCUCCGACGGCGGUGCCGCCGCCGUGCUCGUAUCCCAGGCUUUCCUCGACGAGCGGCCGCACCUAAAGGACCGGGCCAUCCUCGUAGCCGGCCAGUGCCUCGCCACCGACGCGCCGUCGUUGUUCUCGCGUUCCGCUAUCGACUUGAUGGGCUUCGAGAUGACGCAGCACGCCGUUAAGAUUGCCAUGGACGAGGCGGGUCUCACACCCAAGGAUGUCCAGGUCGUGGAGCUGCACGAUUGCUUCUCUGCGAACGAAAUGAUUGUGCUCGAUGCCCUCGGCCUCGCGGAGCACGGAAAGGCGCACGAGCUGGUCCGCCGCGGGGACAUCACGUACGGCGGAAAGUACGUGGUGAACCCCUCUGGAGGGCUCAUCUCCAAGGGACACCCGCUCGGCGCCACUGGUAUCGCGCAGUGCGCCGAGCUGGUAUGGCACCUGCGCGGUUGGGCCAACAACCGUGCCGUCCCCGGCACCAAGGCGGCUCUGCAACAUAACCUGGGCCUCGGCGGCGCUGUUGUCGUUACAGUGUACCGCCGGCCGGACGGCAAGGAGGCGCCCAAGAUCGAUUCGGAGACGAUCGGCAAGAUCAACAAGCUCGGGUACAACCCGGCCGUGGUGGCCAAGGGGUUCACGGCGGAGCAGGCGGCGAGUGUGAGGAGCCGAACGAAGAGGAGCGACUGGGCGCUGCAGGAUACGGAGGAGAAGGUUGAGGCUCGGUUCUAG